AUGGCAUUCCUCGAUAACAUAACACAAUAUGUUAAUACAAUUAAGAAGCACAACAGUGUACUCAGAACGGUAUUGACUUGCAUACCUCUGCUGCUACUGCUCAGCACAAACAAGUCAAACUCAAUUUCAUCGAAAGAGAUGGUCCAAGAGUAUCUGAAUGGAAAAAACAGUGCUGAGAUUCCAGAGUCAUGUGAUUUUAAAUCGUUCGAUGCAUCAAAGCGUUUUAUACUUAACAAUCUUCCACCGAGACAGACGCUGAGGAUCCAAGCAUAUGCAGAGUAUGAAAAAAACUACUGCCAGAUUGUUUCUGCAUUGAAGAUGAUGAACAUCAGCAACAUAAAUGUGGUAGUUGACUUCAACAUGCCUGAUGAAAGAUGCGAAUAUCUAUUUGAUAUUGAUCUUAGGUUUUCAAAGAUAAUGCACAUGGCAGUGUAUCCACUGAGGAAUCACCAACCAAAUUCUGAUCUACUUCUUGUUGCAGAGGUGUUUUUUCCAUCCUCGAUUGUAUUCAGCAUGAAAGAUGUGCUUUUUCCAAAUACACCGGCAAAUCGCUUAGAGAUUCACAUACGAACAACACGCAGAGACAUGCGACAGUUCAUGAACUUUGUCAGGUCCAUAUCAUUUGUAAGGACUCAUCCGUACGGCAGCUACUUCUAUGUGCCGAUUGGCGGGUCGUAUAUCAACGGAACGGCGUUUAUUUCGCUUGUAAUGCCAAUAAUUGUGUACUUUGUGUUGGAUUGGACAUGCAUGGCAUAUGAAGUGUCUUGCACAAGGAUCCUUCUUGGAUCGGUUUUGUACUACAUUUCGCCUAUGUUCCUAGUUCUAUUCGUCCGAAGAAACGAAUCAAUGUGCCUUUGUGCAAUAUUCAUGGUGCUCAAUCCAAAGAUCGGCAUGAUUUAUGCACUUGUGUGCUAUACCAGGAUGGUGCAUGAUGUAUACACACUGGGAUUUAGACAUCUCAAAAGCGUUAACAUGUUGAAACCCCUCAAGUAG